ACAUGUGACACUCGAUGGAAGACGUGCGUCAGUGACACGGAUGGUACCCUCGGGUUUUCGCUCGGAGCUCUGUUUGUCAAAGCGACGUUUGCAGAGGACAGCAAGCAAAUCGCAGAAGAGAUGAUUUCGGAAAUUAAGGCUGCAUUCGAGGAGAGUCUGAAGCAAACCAAGUGGAUGGAUGACCAGACCAAACAAUCUGCAAAGGAAAAGGCUGAUUCAAUUUACGACAUGAUUGGUUAUCCAAAGUUCAUCAUGGAUUCUAAGGAGUUGGAUAAACUCUUCAGUGAUUACCAAGUGGUUCCUGACCUCUACUUCCAGAACGUUCUCCAGUUCUAUAACUUCUCUGCUCGCGUAACAGCCGAUCAACUCCGGAAACCUCCCAAUAAGGAUCAGUGGAGCAUGACCCCUCCCACAGUUAAUGCUUACUACUCCCCGACAAAGAAUGAGAUUGUAUUCCCAGCUGGAAUUCUGCAGGCUCCGUUCUACACCAGGGAUUACCCAAAGGCUCUAAAUUUUGGAGGAAUUGGAGUGGUUAUGGGCCAUGAGUUAACACACGCGUUUGAUGAUCAAGUUGCUUUCUCUGAGCCCGAUGACUUCAAACAGUAUCUGGAGAGAGCCAAAAAGGAACUGAUCCAGUGCCGUUGUCAUGAGCUCUAUGAUCAAAUAGCUCGAUGUCCACGAGGUCAAAGCUCACGCUUGGCAACUGAAGGCACACUGCGAACCAGAGACAGAAACUUUACCCCAGCUCACUUACUGAAUAACCUCUAUUAAAAUAAAGGCUGAGAGUACGAGGGAUGGGCCACACUUG